AUAUCUCUUAGUUCCAGAAUCUGUAUAUACCGUCGUCCUGCUUUUCCCCCCUCUAGGGUUUUCGUCCGUACACUGCUUCAUUCAACAGGGUUUUUCUGGUCAACUGCAACCCCACGCUUUCAUCUAGGGUUUUACUUCUUAAUUUCUCUGCGAUGGCGGCGGAGAAGCUUAGGGAUUUAAGUCAGCCGAUUGAUGUUGCCUUACUUGAUGCUACCGUUGCUGCCUUCUAUGGCACCGGAUCUAAAGACGAGAGGACUGCUGCUGAUCAUAUAUUGAGGGAGUUGCAAAACAAUCCAGAUAUGUGGCUUCAAGUGGUUCACAUUCUGUCCAGUGCACAGAGCUUGAACACCAAGUUCUUUGCUUUACAGGUUCUUGAGGGUGUUAUUAAGUAUAGAUGGAAUGUGUUGCCUGUUGAACAACGGGAUGGGAUGAAAAAUUACAUAUCUGAUGUUAUAGUAAAGCUUUCAAGUAACGAGGGUUCUUUCCGCCAAGAACGGUUGUAUGUUAACAAACUUAACAUUAUACUAGUUCAGAUUUUGAAGCAUGAGUGGCCAGCUAGGUGGCGGAGCUUCAUCCCUGACCUGGUUGCGGCAGCAAAAACUAGUGAAACAAUUUGUGAGAACUGCAUGGCGAUACUGAAACUUUUAAGUGAAGAGGUAUUUGAUUUCUCAAGGGGUGAAAUGACUCAACAGAAGAUCAAGGAGCUUAAGCAAUCUCUGAACAGCGAGUUUCAACUCAUUCAUGAAUUAUGCUUAUAUGUACUAUCGGCAUCUCAAAGAACAGAGCUGAUCAGGGCUACGCUGGCCACAUUACAUGCUUUCCUUUCGUGGAUUCCUUUGGGCUAUAUUUUUGAAUCCCCACUGUUGGAGACGCUCCUUAAAUUUUUUCCUGUGCCAUCUUAUCGUAAUCUGACUCUUCAGUGCUUGACGGAGGUUGCAGCCCUGAAUUUUGGAGAUUUCUACAACUUGCAAUAUGUUAAAAUGUAUAACAUAUUCAUGGUCCAGUUGCAGUCCGUUCUUCCAACUAGUACAAAUAUACCGGAUGCAUAUGCAAAUGGCUCUAGUGAGGAGCAGGCAUUUAUUCAGAAUCUGGCAUUGUUUUUCACUUCAUUUUACAAGUUUCAUAUCCGGGUACUGGAAUCCACACAAGAGAACAUAGCUGCACUCUUGAUGGGCCUUGAGUAUCUCUUGAGCAUUUCUUAUGUGGAUGAUACAGAAGUAUUCAAGGUGUGCUUGGACUAUUGGAAUUCCUUGGUGUUAGAGCUUUUCGAGGCAAACCACAAUCUUGAUAGCCCUGCUGCAACUGCAAACAUGAUGGGACUGCAGAUUCCAAUGAUUCCUGGUAUAGCUGAUGGUCUUGGUACACAACUGAUACAAAGACGGCAACUAUAUGCUGGAUCGAUGUCAAAACUAAGACUGCUUAUGGUAUCUCGCAUGGCGAAACCUGAAGAGGUUUUAAUUGUUGAAGAUGAAAAUGGGAAUAUUGUUCGCGAAACCUUGAAAGACAAUGAUGUCCUUGUUCAGUAUAAGAUAAUGAGAGAAACACUGAUCUACUUGUCACAUCUUGAUCAUGAUGACACUGAAAAGCAGAUGCUGAAGAAACUAAGCAAGCAGCUGAAUGGCGAGGAUUGGACAUGGAACAACUUGAACACACUAUGCUGGGCAAUAGGAUCUAUAUCUGGGUCCAUGAUGGAAGAUCAGGAGAAUAGGUUUCUCGUGAUGGUUAUUCGUGAUCUACUAAAUCUCUGUGAAAUUACUAAAGGAAAGGACAACAAAGCUGUUAUUGCAAGUAAUAUCAUGUAUGUUGUUGGACAAUAUCCAAGAUUUCUGAGAGCCCAUUGGAAGUUCUUGAAAACUGUUGUAAACAAGUUGUUUGAGUUCAUGCAUGAAACACAUCCUGGGGUUCAGGAUAUGGCUUGCGACACAUUUUUGAAAAUUGUACAGAAAUGCAAGCGCAAGUUCGUCAUAGUGCAGGUUGGAGAGAGUGAGCCAUUUGUCUCGGAAUUGCUUACCAGCCUCCCUACAACCAUUCAAGACCUUGAGCCUCAUCAGAUACAUACAUUUUAUGAAUCUGUUGGUUAUAUGAUUCAAGCAGAAUCUGAGAUAUCAAAACGGGAGGAAUAUUUGCAGAGGCUGAUGGAUCUUCCCAAUCAGAAAUGGACCGAGAUUAUAGGACGUGCACGUGGUAGUGUGGAUUUUUUAAAGGAUCAAGAUGUGAUUAGGACUGUGCUUAAUAUAUUGCAGACAAAUACAAGUGCUGCCAGUGCACUCGGAACACAUUUUUUAUCUCAAAUAACCCUCAUCUUUUUGGACAUGCUUAAUGUCUACAAAAUGUACAGUGAGCUUAUAUCAUCCAGAAUUGCUGAAGGGGGCCCCUACACUUCUAGGACUUCCUAUGUGAAACUUCUGAGGUCUGUGAAGAAGGAAACGUUAAAGCUCAUUGAGACUUUUCUAGAUAAGGCUGAAGAUCAACCACAAAUAGGAAGGCAGUUUGUGCCCCCAAUGAUGGAUCCAGUGCUUGCUGAUUAUGCUCGGAAUUUGCCUGAUGCUCGAGAAUCAGAAGUUUUGUCUCUUUUCGCCACAAUUAUUAACAAGUACAAGGGUGCAAUGAUAGUUGAUGUUCCACGUAUAUUUGAAGCUGUUUUCCAGUGCACCCUGGAGAUGAUAACUAAGAAUUUUGAAGACUACCCUGAACACCGGCUCAAGUUUUUUUCAUUACUUCGGGCCAUAGCCACACAUUGUUUCAGAGCUUUAAUCUUGUUGUCACCUGAGCAAUUAAAGCUUGUUAUGGAUUCUGUCAUGUGGGCUUUCCGACACACUGAAAGAAACAUUGCUGAAACUGGGCUUAAUCUGUUGUUAGAGAUGCUCAAGAACUUUCAGGGUUCCGAGUUCUGUAAUCAAUUCUACCGGUCUUACUUCGUGCUGAUUGUGCAAGAAAUAUUCGCUGUUUUGACUGACACGUUCCAUAAACCUGGUUUCAAGUUGCAUGUUUUAGUACUGCAGCACUUAUUCUGCCUGGUGGAGUCGGGUUCAUUGACGGAGCCUUUAUGGGAUGCAUCCACUGUUCCGUAUCCUUAUCCUAAUAAUGGAGUAUUUGUUCGGGAGUGCACCAUCAAGCUUCUGUCUGGCUCUUUUCCCAAUAUUCCAGCAUCGGAGGUAACGAAAUUUGUUAACGGACUGUUUGAGUCGAGAGCGGACCUUUCUAUAUUCAAGAACCACAUAAGGGACUUUCUGGUGCAAUCUAAAGAAUUUUCAGCGCAGGAUAACAAGGAUCUGUAUGCAGAAGAAGCUGCUGCUGAGAAAGAGAGAGAGAGACAGCGGAUGCUUAGCAUUCCUGGACUAAUUGCACCCAAUGAAAUACAAGAUGAGAUGGUUGACUCAUAAAUCAUGGUGUGUUAUUUAUUAAUGAAUUUAAUUAUUACUAUGAAAAAGGGGCAUCAUAUUAUUGGAGGAAAUCAUCAUAUCAUAUCAUGGAUUGAUUGGGUGGGUGGGUGUAGAGUAGUAGUAGUAGUAGUAGAAGACUCUAAUCUAGUGUUUUUGAGAUUUGUAAAUUGAGGUAUUGGGGUUUCUAAAUCUAAAUAGGUUUCAUGUAUACUACCAACAAAGUUUUGCAGAAUAUUCUUUAUAAA